UGCUUUGGCUGUCAACUCUCAACUCUGCUGUGUGAGACGCACGGUGCGGGCAUCCAGAGAUGGCGGAGACGGUGGUGAGCAUGGCGAGGUCCAUGGUGAGGGGCGCCAUCAGUGUGGCCGCCUCUGCGGCGGCCGCCGAGGUGGGCCUCCUCCUCGGCGUCCAAAAGGAUAUCUGGUAUGUAUGUUAAUUCGCGUCAUAAGUAGCCGCUUCUUAAUCUUGUUCAGGUCAAUCCUCCAAAUUUUGUUUUACUUAGUGUAUAUUGUAAUAUAUACUCUCAAAAUAUACCCAGCUAGCAGUCUCUUUGGUCGAAAUUAGUGAUUGAACUUCCACGUUAAUUACCUAUUACAUUUGCUGUUGAAUGGCACCGGUUAGCAUUCUUGUUAUUUUCUUCUCAACACUAGUUUGGUAGGUUCAUCAAAGACGAGCUCGAGACGAUGCAGGCAUUCCUUGAGGUCGCUGAAGCAAUAAAGAAGAAAGAUGUGCUCUUGAAGGUGUGGGCAAAACAAGUAAGGGAUCUGUCCUACAAUAUUGAAGAUUGCCUCAGUGAGUUCAUGGUGCAUGUGGGAAGUCAAAGCUUCUUACGUCGGCUCAUGAAGCUCAAUGAUCGUCACCGGAUCGCCAUACGGAUCCGUGAUCUGAAAGCAAGAGUUGAAGAAGUAAGCAUCAGAAACACACGCUACAAUUUGAUCAAGACCGAGGCCUCAAACACCAAUUGUGAGGUGGAUUCUUACAUGGAAGAUGUUCGCAAUCUCUCGGCUAGCAACAUCGAUGAAGCAGAUCUUGUAGGCUUUUCUGAGCCUAGGGGGGAGAUGAUUAAGUUGAUGGAUUUCAAGACUCAAGAUGAUAGUGCCAAGGUGGCAUUUGUUGUUGGCAUGGGUGGUUUAGGAAAGACUACUCUUGCAAGGAAGACAUUUGAAAGUAAGGAAGAUAUUAUGAAUAGUUUUUCUUGUCGUGCUUGGAUUACAGUCUCACAGACAUUUUCCAAGAUAGAGAUGCUGAAGGAUAUGAUCACACAACUUUUCGGAAAUGAAGAACUGAAGAAGCGGCUGAAGGAACUUGAGGGAAAGACGGUGCAAGUAGAUGAUCUCGCCGGCUACCUCAGGAAAAUGCUACAGGAGAAGAGGUACUUUAUUGUUCUUGAUGACUUGUGGUCCAUUGAUGCAUGGAGGUGGAUCAAAGAAAUUAGUUUUCCCAGUGGUAACAUGAAAGGUAGUCGGAUAAUAGUAACAACAAGAGAUAUUGCCCUAGCCCAGGAGUAUACUUCUGAAUCAGUUAUUUACCACCUUAAACACCUACAGGUAGAUGAAGCCACAAAUUUGCUACUCAAAAAGAUUGGGAAAACACACAAAGAAAUAGAGACUGAUGAAAGGAUGCGGAAUGUGAUUUUCAAAAUAGUAAAUAAGUGUGGUGGUUUACCAUUGGCUAUACUCACCAUAGGAGGCUUGCUUGCUACCAAAGUGGUAGAAAUGUGGGAGGGUAUUUAUGAGCAAAUUCCCUUAGAGCUUGGGACUAACCCAAGUCUUGAAGCAAUGAGGAGGAUGGUUACUUUGAGUUACAACCACUUGCCAUCUCAUCUUAAAUCAUGCUUUCUAUACUUAAGCAUCUUUCCUGAGGAUUUUGAAAUCAAGAGAAAUCGUUUGGUCGAUAGAUGGAUAGCAGAGGGGUUUAUUAGAGCUAGUGGUGGAAUGAAUGUUGAGGAUGUUGGAAUACGUUAUUUCGCUGAACUAAUCAACCGAAAUAUGAUUCUACCAUCAAAAGUGAACAUUGAAGGAAUUGUUAAGAGUUGUCGGGUGCAUGAUAUCAUGCGGGAUGUCAUGGUCUCGAUUUCUAGAGAAGAAACCUUUGUGUUCCUGGCAGGCGAUGGUAAAGUUGUUGAAGUAGAGGGGAACUUCCGCCAUGUAGCAUACCAUGGCAGCAAGUACCAAAAUAUUGCCAUGGAUUGGAGCCAUGUUCGGUCAUUAACAAUAUUUAGUGAGAUACCCAUGGAGCCCUCAUUUUCAUUUUGUUCAAUCAAAAUGAGGAUGCUUAGAGCCUUGGAUCUAGAGGAUGCACAGUUUAUAAUAAGACAAAAAGAUAUCACCAAAAUUGGGUUAUUCUGCCAUUUGAAAUAUGUGAGAUUUCCAAGAGAUUCAUAUAUAUAUGCACUUCCGAAGUCUAUACAGAGAUUAAAAGGAUUGCAGAACCUGGAGAUCAGAAACAGUCAUAUUACAGCACUACCAACUGAGAUCAGUGAACUCCAUAGUCUCCGCAGCCUUCGUUGUAGCAGACAGGAUUCGUAUGAUCAUUUUGAUAUAGAACACCCCAUGCGAUGUUUGAGGAACACAUUGCACCUGCCCAUGCUAUGCACACCAUUAGUUGAUCAUGAUUAUCGGCUUGAAGUAACUGCUGAGCUACAUAAGGCAUACUCUAGCCGUUUGGCCAAGACAGAAGGUGUGAGGGUUCCAAGAGGGAUCGAUAAACUGACGGAGCUACAUACACUAGAGGUGGUGGACAUCAAACAAACUGGCAAGAAAGCAGUAAAAGAGCUGGCUGAGCUUAUUCAACUUAGAAAACUAAGCGUCGUAACAGGAAGGUUUGCCGAGCAAAAACGCAAGAUAUUAUAUCUCUGUGCCGCCAUUGAGAAGCUCUCUUCCUUGUGCUCUCUUAGUGUACAUGCUCGCUAUGAUGGAACACUUGAGUGGUUGCAUAAGGUUUCGUCCCCUCCUCCCCUGCUAAAGACCUUGAAAUUGUACGGAGAUCUUGAAGAGAUGCCUGAGUGGGUUGGAAGUCUGAAGCAUCUGGUGAGGGUUUACUUUGGGGGCAGCUGCAUAAAUGAAGAUAAAAUCAUGGAAAUGCUAGGGAAGCUGCCCAAUCUCAUGGUGCUUAAUCUUAGAGGGAAGGCUCGUGAUGAGAAGAAGUUGGUAUUUAGAGCGAAAUCAUUUCAAAAUCUGAAGAAACUCUGGAUUUCAUUUACGAGUGAACUGAGGGAGGUGAGAUUCCAGAAGGGAGCAUUGCCCCAGAUGCAAAAUCUAGAAUUCUCUGCAGUCAAUUUGGAAUCAGGGAUUAUUGGUAUCAAGCACCUCCCACUGCUCAAGCAGAUUUCACUUGGUUACGAUGGCAGAGUGGCGAGACUUGGUAUGCUACAAGCUGAAGUGGACACACAUCCCAACCAUCCUCUGCUGCAACUCGAACAAGACCACAGCGAGCAUGACUUGGGGGAUGUCGUCCAAGGACCUGAUGUUGCAGAAAUAGAGGAGGAAGAGGAACCAUCCCUCCUCCUGGAGACUUGCACGGUGGGGGAGAGCUCACAAUCAGAAGUGGCGGCAAUGCCGACGACGAACAUCAUCGGCCAUGAUGAUCUGCUCUACACUUACAAUUCAUGCUGAUGCUGCUCGCCUCUUUGUAAAUGGUGAUGGUCUCGUCUCGUCUCUGUUUCAUAAGUAGGCUCACCUCUUGCUGGUGCCUGCUUCUACCACCAUGCUGGUACCUUCCGCUCACCUCUUCCUGUUUUUGUUUGCUGAACACAUCAAGUGUUCGUCAGAACGCCUCUCUACUGCUACUUCCUCUGCUUCUAUUCAUUAGCAGUCGUGCCUGAAACAAUAUAAAUGCACUAACAUAUUUGCUAGCUGUCGUGAAAUUCUUUUAGAAACAUGGGUGUGUGAAAUUAAACCCUCCUGUUUUGUAUGUGAAAUUUGAGGAAGCUAACUCUGCAGGACACUAGACUUUCUCAACAUGGGACAGGCCAACACAUAAUGCAGCUUUGACUUAUGGUACACUGUCUGACUGGUCCGAAAUUUGCUGAAGAUUACAGCUAGUAAGGAGCAACCGGAGGAAGCUAAAGUCAACAAACGUCCCAACAUCCAGUACUUGACAAGGACAGUGAAUGUUCUGAGGUCAAGUUGGAAGCCAAGGGAUUGAUCCCUUCCCAGAGCCAGCCAAAAGGUAGCGGUUCCUCGAGCCCUCGACACUCCAUGCACAUCUGAAGUGUGGAGUGGACUGAGGUCAUACUCAUGACUGAAUGGAGAAGUGGAAGAUCUAAUGGGCUAUAUAUCACAAGAAGCUGCCAUUCGAUUUCCCCAGUUUGCAUCCUGCUGCUGGCCUCUGAAAAAUACUCCCUGGUUAGACCAUGUGGAAACUGCCAGCCCUGAUCCCUCAACUAGCUGGCAGUCGAUUCUUACCAUAACCUGGAUCAACUUUGAGGAGAGCGUGCAAUUGUCAAUACAGAUUUUGUUUCUGUGCAGUCUCUGUUUCUUUUCUCUUUCUUUAGACGAGUACAACUCUGUGGUUUUCCGUUACUUUCACUUCGCAAACUGUCUGUACUCUGUACUCUGCCGGCCCUGUUUUUGUUUAUCUGUACUCUGUCUUUGUUGCUGCCAAAGUAUGUAUGCUUCUUUAUGAAUCAAGAAUGCGAAUGCAUA